GGGGACCCACGUGGGAGGCUGGGAGGUGACUGUCUUGGCUCGAGGGUCAGGUUGUGGGCAGUCCUUGUGAGGGGACGAAGUGUGGGAGGUCAACGGGUCCUCCCCAGCUGUCUGUCAGUGGAGUCUCGGGCGCUGCUGGAGCAAUGCGGCGACUCUGGACGGUCGGGUGCUUCAGUCGCCUGAUUGCCCGCCAUUUCUCCUCGGUGGCUCGGCGCGGGGAACGGCCUGGCGGGGAGGAGCUGAGUCGCUUGCUUCUGGAUGACCUGGCGCCGGCCCAGCGGCUGGAACGUCUAUUUGGCUUGUCCCCAUGCCUCCUGGCCUUGCGGGCUGCCCGUCGGCGCGUGGCCCGGCUCCUGCUCCAGGCCGGUAAGGCUGGGCUGCAGGGGGAGCGAGCCGAGCUGCUCCGGGUGGCCGAGGCUCGGGGCAUCCCUGUCUUGAGGCCCAGGCGUCAGAAACUGGAUGCCUUGUGCGGCUACCAAGUGCACCAGGGCGUGUGCAUGGAGGUGAGCCCGCUGCGACCCCGGCCUUGCGAUGAGGCGGCAGACACGAGCUCAGGCGACGACCCUCAGCAGCUGUGGCUCGUCCUUGAGGGGCUCCAGGAUCCCCGCAAUCUUGGGGCUGUGAUGCGCUCCGCUCACUUCCUCGGCGUAGACAGAGUCAUCACCAGCCAGAGAAACAGCUGUCCGCUUACUCCAGUAGUCAGCAAGGCCAGCGCUGGGGCUAUGGAGGUGAUGGACGUGUUCGCCACUCCUGACCUGCCCGGUUUUUUGCAGGCCAAGGCCCAGCAGGGGUGGCUCGUGGUGGGCACAGUGGGCUGCCCAGGUCCUGAGAUCUCCCAGUCCUCCAAGGUCCCCAUCACUAGCUGCUUAGAGUUCGUCUGGGACCGGCCUACCCUCCUGGUGCUGGGCAGUGAGGGCUCUGGUCUGUCCCAGGAGGUUUUUGCCUCCUGCCAGCUGCUCCUUACUAUUCUGCCCAGACGCCACCUGCCUCCUGGUCUUGAGUCCUUGAAUGUAUCUGUGGCCACAGGUAUUCUUCUACACUCCAUUUGCAGUCAGAAGAAGGGUUUCCCUGUACAGGAGAGAGGACAACUUCUCCAAGACUCCUGAGAACCCUUAGCUACGUCUGAAGGACUCAGAGAGGCCCAGUACCCAGGACUACUACCACUGUGGUCAGAAAAACCGGCCAAAUGUGGGCUGACAUUGACUGUCUGAGAUGUGCGUGUGUAGGAACCGCAAUGAGUCACACAUCCGUCCUCAGGCUUGGAUGUAAUGGGCCCUCUACUUGUAAGAGCCUGUUUACUGGCUACAGUCAGGAGAACUUUAGAGACCAAAAGAAGUUUCGUAUCCAGUUGGAAAUGGUAGUUCGCUAGUUUCCAGGACGGGUUAGGACAGACAGUAUCUGUCCUGGAUCCCAGUGGAAGUCAGGGGGCUGUUCUUGGCAUGCGGAGGAGCAAGGCAGUCCAGCGCAGGGUGUGUGGGAUGUGAGGGUGAGUUUGUAGAGGGAAGCUGACUGAACAGAUGCAUAUUCCUGUCUCUUGGGAUGAUGGGGAUAGGACACCAGAUCUCAUCAGCGAGCCCUGAGCCGCUGAGCUGUCAUGCCCAGUCUCUCCAUUAGGUGGCAGUCUUGCUCUUUGCACCAUGGUUUUGCAGGCCCCUUGCAAGGAGAGCCCUCUGUGGAGGUGGGAGUGGAAGGCUUAGAGAUAGGGAAAAUAGCCAACAGCUUCUAGACACUGGCCAGUCCAGCCCCGUGGAGGGAACCUGUGAUCCCAGGCCCUUGUUGCCUCUUUGAGUCUGAGAGGCUGUGAAAUCAGGAUUACUUUUGUGGAAUCCGACUAGGCUUGCCCCGUCCUCUAGAGUCCCACAAGUGGAGCAGAAGUGAUAUUGCCAAGUAGUGGUUUCACUCUGGGCUGCAUGCUGGAACACCUAAUAAGCUUUAAAGGAACAAGGCCAACACAGCAGCUACUGUGUGCUGCUGGGAAGGGCAGGAACACCCUGGGCAGUACCAUUUCUUUUUGUUUUUGAGGCAGUUCUGUGUAUCUAUGGUCUCCUGAAACUUGCUAUUUAGCCGAGGAUAACCUUGAACUUUUGAUCCUCUUACCCCACUAUGCCCAAUUUAUAUGUUGCUGAGGAUAGAUCCCAGAGCUUUGUGCAAGCUGGCAUUCACUCUGCCAACAGAGCUACAUCUGAGCCCUAGGCUGGAUAAUUCUCUGUUGUAGGAACCGUCCUGAGCAUCGUGAGAGGUAUCCACCAGAUGGCAAGAAGUCUGCACCCUAUCUCUCAUUAUGAAACCAAAACUGUCUCCACACAUGGACGGGUAUCUGACCGACAGCCCUGAGGGUGGGAUGGGAGGACAGCAACCCUUGAAUUGGAAUCCUGGAUGUUGUAAGAGUUGGGGUGAGUUGCCUCCAUGCCUCCUUUAUAUCCUCGGAAGAUGUAUGUAGUAGGUGCUCAAUAAAUAAACACUCCUUUCCUCUGUAA